GCGCGGCGCGGCCGUUGCGGGCCCGGCCAUGGGCACGGCGGGCGGCGGGGCGGGGCGGCUGCCCGGGGCCCGGGGGCUGCCCGCGGCCCUGCGCCUGCCCGGCCUGCACGGCUACGCGGUGGAGUUCUCGCCCUACUGGCCCGGGCGCGCGGCCUGCGCCGCCGCGCAGUACUACGGCAUCGCAGGUUGUGGAACUCUGGCAGUGCUGGAACAAAAUGAAGCUGGGAUUGUUCUGCUCAGGAGUUUUGACUGGAACGAUGGCCUGUUUGAUGUGACCUGGAGUGAGAAUAAUGAACAUGUGUUGAUCACUUCUAGUGGAGAUGGAUCUCUGCAAAUCUGGGAUACAGCUAAAACCAAAGGUCCCCUGCAAGUCUGUAAAGAGCACACUCAGGAGGCAUAUAGUGUUGACUGGAGCCAAACUAGAGGAGAGCACCUAGUGGUGUCUGGUUCAUGGGAUCAAACAGCCAAGCUGUGGGAUCCAGCUGUGGGGAAAUCAUUAUGCACUUUUAAAGGCCACGAAGGGGUCAUUUACAGCACUAUAUGGUCUCCACACAUCCCAGGUUGUUUUGCAUCUGCCUCAGGUGACCAGACUUUAAGAGUUUGGGACGUCAAAGCCCCAGGAGUCAAACUUGUGAUACCGGCCCACCAGGCUGAGAUCUUGAGCUGUGACUGGUGCAAAUAUGAUGAGAACUUGCUGGUCACUGGUGCUGUUGACUGUAGCUUGAAGGGCUGGGAUCUGCGGAACAUCCGGCAGCCCGUGUUCGUCCUGCUUGGUCACACUUAUGCUCUCAGAAGAGUUAAAUUUUCACCAUUCCAUGCAACUUUACUGGCCUCUUGCUCCUAUGAUUUUACUGUGAGAUUCUGGGACUUCUCCAAGCCUAACCCUUUGCUGGAAACAGUCGAGCAUCAUACUGAAUUUACAUGUGGACUGGAUUUAAGUCUUCACAACCGUGGUCAGGUGGUGGACUGUGCUUGGGACGAGCUAGUCAAGAUCUACACUCCAUCCUGUCUGGCAGCUCCUGUCUAGAGAAAAGUGAAGACCUGACACGCCAGGAACCUCUUUGUCUCCCCCGCAGCCAGACUGGUGCUAAAGUGUCAACUGUGUCACUAACCUUAGUGUCUCUUUUUGAGUAAAACCCUGCUUGAAUGGAGAGUUGUGCACUUGAGCACCUGGAGUUCCUGGGGCUUGGUUUGCUGAGCAGAUGCUCGAGCCAGCAGAGCGUCCAGCGAGGGGCUGUGGCAGGUGGAAGCUGGUGUCUCGAGAGAGAAUCACCAGCACAGUUCUGGGGUCUGUCUGGCUCAUGGUGAGAGCAGAGGCCUGAAUCUUCUUGGUCCUUAUUAAAGAAUAAAAAUAACUGGCAGUGUGUUUUGAAAUAAUGCCAUUGUGGAAAAGAAAAAAAAACCAACAGCUUUUCACUGUGAAGUGCUGCAAAGUCAAUGAGGUUUGUGUCACUCGGAUGCAUUUAUAUUGAUAUGUUUUGCUGUGGCUCCCGGUGCAUUGUAUCCUUGUGCAAUAUGAUGAAUACUCUUGAUAGAUAGCAAAUGUCAUCAUUUAUAGCCAGCUGAUUUGUCUGACCUUUUGUCUGCUGCUUCACAAAGAUGGCCAAGAUUAUUUCAAUACAUUUUUGCUGUUACUUCUCCUUGAGUAAAACAGUUGGUGAAGUAAUGCAGAAAGAUACUUUGAUGACAGAGGAAACACUUAGGAAAACAUGAAAUCUAUACAACAGUAAUUGCAUCAUAAUCCUCAAGAAUCAGAAAUAGGACAACCAUCAUCUCUUCUCUUACACUUAUCUUCUAUUUUCACUUAGAAAAUUAUUCCAAGAGAUAGAAGAGGAAUGUGGCCAUCAUUCCAUGUUUCUGGACCUCUGGCAGCUUUACUAAAGGGACAGCUGGUGUCCAGACCAGUUGAACUUACUUACAUGCAGAUUAACUGCACGACAGAAGCAUAGCAGAUCCAGGCUGGCCAAUCUAUUAGACUUUAAAGAAUAUGCUCAACAUGUCACAGGUAUGCCAAAUACUUUGCAUGACCCCUUUGGCCCCUCAGCCCACAUGCUGGUAUUUUCAAUCUGAGUUUUUCUGGGGCAAAGAGAGAUGUUCAGUUGUUAUGCUUCUCCAUAGAGAAGCUUCCAAGAGUAUCCUUCCAAGAGUUGAAUACUCUUUUCAGGAUCCAACUGUGAUAUUCCAGCAGUUCUUCUGCACAUAUGUGAGGCUUCUGUCCUGGUUUCCUGAUAGCCUGGGGUGUUUUUUUUAACCUUCUUAAAGCUCCCUUCUGCUGUUACCCCAUAUCAACAAUCUUUUUCAUCAAAAGACUCUUUGCAGAUCCGAUUUUUGCAGAUCUUUGGGUUUUCAUAGUCUCCUGUUAAUGCAUGCUGUACGCUUUUGGGUUGCAGCACUCAUACAUCAAGCACUAGCAGACACUGCCAGGUCUGUUGGAUGCUUUGAAGAAAUAAAGAAUUUAGCAGAGCUAAGACCCGCAGGUUGCAAGGAAAGAAUGAUCGUGCUGUCUUGAAGAAGGAGCCAGGGAGCUAGCGGGUAGUCACAGGGAGAUACACAUGUAUUGAUUUGGUGUUUGGGCAAGAGAGAAAGAAACUUUCUUCUACACCUUGAGAAUUUGAAUCCUGGUAGGAUGUUGUAUUUUUCUUGGUCAGUGCAAACUGACCCCAGAAUGCCACUUUCUCCAGCUGAAUUGAUGACAAAAUGUAGAUUUUCUUUUCUUGUGACAGUGUGUUUUGCCAAAUUCCAAACGAUUACUGCGCUUUCAUUCUGUCUGCUGAGGAAUGAUGUGAGAAUAAAGCUGUGCUGUGUACAGCCUUCAGGAUGCCAUGGGCCAUAAAAUUUAAUUUUAGGCAUUAAAAUUGAUUAUUUCAACUUUAAUAGUUAUUCCACCCUUCUGCUUUAUCUCCCUUUUCUGCUUAGACUGCAUUUUGGUGGUGGGUAUGUAUUUUAUGUGCACGUUUCUGAGGGGGUGGCAGGAUAUCCCAAAAUGAUGUUGUAGCCCAUUAGUUGGAAAGGCAGAUUCUGAAACCCUGGCACAGGGAGAAAAAAUGUAAAAAAAAUCUGAACAUGCACACUGAACACAUGAAUUAAACCUUUUCUUAACUGCUUUUGCUCCCCUCAUGUCCUGGUUAGCCUCAGUGCUGUGGGUUGCUGUGUAUGGCUUUAAUUUUCUUGAAAAAUGAGCACAUCCAGAAGAUGCACAUGGUAAAUAAAAACUGUGGCCUUUAAUCUUCCUGUGUGAUCUUUGAAUGGAGAGUAAGUGCUGUAAAAUUUCUGCACUGUAACAGAAAAUACAAUCUGGCAAUAGUUGUUGCUGAUUCUUAAUUCUCAGGGAAUGUUUGCUUAAUUGUUUUAAAGAAGUACUUUUUAUUUUAUGACCGUAAUACUAGCUUCUGAUCUUUGUUCUCACUUACUGAAACAGACCUUUAGUGACAAUAGUCUUAAAGAUUAAUGUGUUCUGCUUGCUCCUGUGGAAGAUUUUGUUUUAUGGGAACCUGAGGUUUCUCCGUGGUUCGAGAAACAUACUGAUUAUCCCUGUUCUAAAGGAGUGGAUUUACUGUUCAACAAUGCUAUUAAAUUAAUUACACACCAUA